GGGAAGCCUUUAAUUGAAAGCACGGAGUAGCCAAGUCUGGUUUGCGGCUGAAAGUAAAGGAGCGCCCGGAAUAUACUUACACGAUGUUAAGCUCUACAGAGGACGGCGACCGCUAUGAGCUGGCGAGCCCUACCGCUCUGCCGAAGGCCGGUGGCUUCCUGUGGAACCAGAAGAUGAUGAUACAGGUCACUUGCCGCGGGUACGCGACGGCACAGUUCAUGCAACCGGAGCCGUCAAAAUACGCCCACGCCCCGAAUCUCGAGGCCAAAACCUUCAUGCAGCCCGAGCAGAACUAUUACGCUCAUCAUCCGGGCCGUUUCGUUUAUGUCAAGGACGAGGAGACUGGUCAACUUUUCUCGGCACCUUAUGAACCGGUUCGUGCUUCGCUUGACCGGUUCGUGUUUUCUGUUGGUAAAAGCGACAUCUCUUGGACAGUUGAGCACCUUGGUAUUCGAGUAGAGCUGACCUUGGUUAUUCCAACACACGAUGUGGUUGAGCUGUGGUCUGUUAAGGUGACUAAUCUGAGUGGGCGACCGCGUAAAGUUAGCGUGUACCCCUAUUUCCCAUUCGGUUAUAUGUCGUGGAUGAAUCAGGAGGCAGAAUGGCGACCGGAUCUUGGCGGUAUAGUGAGCAGCAGUAUCACACCAUACCAGAAGGCUGCCGACUACUGGAAGAACAAAUUCCUGAAGGAUAAAUCGUACUUUCUUACCGAAACCACGCCGAUCUCGUGGGAAGCCAUGCAAGAGGCCUUUGAGGGCGAAGGUGGCCUUCACGCGCCUUCAUCACUGGCACAGCCUGAGCUAAGUCGUAGCGAAGCCCGCUACGAAACACCGGUGGCUGUGGUACAGUACCGAGCUGAACUGGAAGCAGAUGAGCAACAUGAGUACCGCUUCCUCUUUGGCCCUGCUUUUGAUGACGCUGAGAUCCGCACGGUUCGAGAUAAAUACCUCAGCAAGGAAGGGUUCGCACAGACAGCGAAAGAAUACGCGGAAUACAUCAGUAAAGGAAAGGGGUGUCUGCAAAUCGAAACGCCGGACAAGCACGUGGACAACUUCGUCAACAACUGGCUACCACGCCAGUGCUAUUAUCACGGGGAUGUGAACCGGCUGACCACAGAUCCGCAGACGCGCAAUUAUUUGCAGGACAAUAUGGGAAUGUCGUACAUUAAACCCGAGGUAGCACGCAAGGCUUUUCUGAUAGCAGUGUCACAGCAGGAGAAGAAUGGUGCUAUGCCAGACGGUAUUUUGUUAGCGGAAGGUGCCGAACUCAAGUAUAUCAACCAGAUCCCACACACCGAUCACUGCAUUUGGCUACCGGUAACACUGGAGGCUUACCUCUCCGAGACGGGUGAUUAUGACCUCCUGAAGGUACCUGUAAAGGGAAUGCAUGGCGAUACGUAUACUGUGUUCGAACGCUUUAGCCGAGCGAUGGAUUGGCUGAUUUCGGCUCGGGAUGCUCGAGGUUUGAGUUAUAUUGCGCAGGGAGACUGGUGCGAUCCGCUUAACAUGGUGGGCUACAAAGGAAAUGGUGUAUCAGGAUGGCAGACGGUUGCUACCGCGUUUGCGCUGAAGUUGUGGGCGGAUGUCUGCGAGCAUGAGGGAAAACCUGACCUAGCAGCACAAUACCGUGCAGGUGCCAAGGAGGUUAAUGAAGCUGCUAACACGCAUCUGUGGGACGGCGACUGGUUUGCCCGAGGCAUCACGGAUGACAAUGUAAUAUUCGGCGUUAAGAAAGACCGAGAGGGCCGUAUCUGGCUGAAUCCGCAGACAUGGUCGAUUCUAAGCGGAGCGACCAGCACCGAGCAGAUCUCACGAAUACUCCCUCAGAUAGACUCGCAGAUGAGCACGCCUUAUGGUACCGUGAUGUUCGCCCCUCCUUACAGUGCUAUGCGAGAGGAUGUCGGCCGUGUGACACAAAAAUACCCAGGCUCUGCUGAAAAUGGGUCGGUGUAUAACCACGCAGCCGCAUUUUAUAUCCACAGCUUGUAUUCGAUAGGGGAGAACGACCGGGCAUACGAAGUUCUGAGGAAGAUGAUCCCUGGCCCUUCAGAAGAAGACUAUGUGCAACGAGGUCAACUCCCCGUAUAUAUUCCCAAUUACUACCGUGGGGCCUAUCAACAAUAUCCACGCACGGCUGGUCGGUCCAGUCAGCUAUUCAAUACAGGAACAGUGUCUUGGGUGUACCGGUCCUUUAUUGAGGGAUUAUGUGGUCUAAGGGGCGACGCGAAGGGGUUACGCAUUCAGCCGCAGUUACCGUCGACCUGGAAUACUAUCAAAGUCACGCGUUUGUUCCGCGGUGCUACAUUCGUGGUAGAUAUCCACCGUUCAGCAGACGUGAAGGAAGUCAUAGCGAAGUACGAGGGUCGGAUUCUUCCGGAAGCACGCUUCACUAACGUCCAGCCCGGUGCGACAUAUCAACUGUCUGUAUCGGUGCCUAAUUGAUGCGGUCGCUCGUAAUUAUCGACUGUAUAUAGUUGACGAGGCAUUAAUCCUGUGGUGAGCCCACUAGUUGGGGUUGAAACAAAAAGAGGAAUUCGCGGCCGAGUUAGCUACAUAGUAGAUUGGCACUAUUUCCUUUUAUAGAGAUUUAAUCUUGGAUUCUUCAUAUUAUCGCGAAUCUUAUCGAU